AUGGUAUCCAACAAAUUCUACGCCAUUGUAGCUGGUAUCGGCCCGGCAACUGGGAGAUCGGUCGCUCUGAAAUUCGGCGAGUCGUACCCGGUGGUUCUGCUGUCUCGUCGGCCGGAGAGCUAUGAGGACGUCGUGGCCCAGAUCAACAAGACUGGCGGGAAAGCGAUCGGGAUCUCUGCCGAUGUCACCGACGAGUCGUCUCUCGCUGCCGCAUUGGAAUCCAUCAAGAAGGAGUUUGCGGGCUUGCAACUCGUUGCGGCUGUUUACAACGUCCGACCCAACCUACGGCCGAGCCGCAAACCUUUCCUCGAACUGAGUCUGAAGGAUUUGGACACCAGCCUCAACGGCAAUGUCCGUGGCCUCUUCAAUUUUGCUCAGGCCCUACUGCCGCUCCUUCUUCAGUCUGUGGAAACUUCUCCAUUUCCGCCAACAUUGGUUGUCACGGGAGCCACUGCAUCCAUGCGAGGCUCCAUAAACUGGUCCAUUAUCGCGGCAGGCAAGUCCGCGGGGCGCAUCUUGACACAAUCUCUGGCCCGGGAGUUUGGUCCCAAGGGUAUCCAUGUCGCCCAUGCCAUCAUCGACGGCGGCAUCAACGAGCCUGAUGCAGCACAUGCUGCGAGCAACGAUGCCACUCCAGAUGGAAAACUAAGCCCCUAUGCCAUUGCCGAAAGCUACUGGAGUCUGCACACGCAGCACAAAUCAGCCUGGACGCAAGAAAUUGACCUACGACCAUUUAACGAGAAAUUCUAG